AUGUCAAAUACAGAAAGAGAAGCUAUCCAUGUUGUAGUAGUGCAUUAUCCCAGUACUCUAGGAAGAAUUCUUGAAUGGGAUGUAAUAACGGUAUUGAGAAAGGCACUUUUUGUACAUAUUGGGAAGUGUUCUGCUGAGAAUAAGCCUGAUGACAAAGGUAGAGACGUUUUGUGCCAAAUUGCCAGAGUUACUAUCGUGAUUCAAUGCAAGAACUGGAGGCAUCAAAGCUCAAUAUGUAAUUUAAUUAAUGUUUUAAUACUAUGUACAGACAGUAAACCUCCUUAA